AUGUUCUUACGUAAAAAGCUUCCGACAUAUGUUGAGGGUACUCAAGGAAGGUAUGUACGUAGAGCCAGUCCACCAAAAGUACCCUCUGUGUCUUCACAUAAUGUUGUCAAACAGUCACCACAAAGUAGCGCUCCGAAAGACACUUCUAAGUCUACUAUCAAUGCUCACUCACAUCAUGUACAUUCUAAUGAAAUGGAUAAUGGGAACGAUCCAGGUGUUUCCCGGUUUCAAAAUUAUUCAUCACCGAAUGAUCCUCCAGCUUACUCCGUAAACAACAACUUGGGGUCAUCAAAUCAGUUAUAUAAUAAUCAACAAGAUUACACUAGCGGUAAUCGGAGUCCGCAACCCGGUGCCUUGUCAUCUCAUAGUUUUAGUGAUCCUCGUAGAGAACAUGCUCAUCGAAAGCCUUUAACUACUUCUCAUAGUAUUGGAAAUGUUGAAUCAUAUUUAGACAACUAUGAACCUAGUAGCAGUUCGUAUGCAACUCAACAACAACGAUUUGUUUCUCUACAGAACCUACCGAGUAAGAAUAUAGGAAAUUCAAUUAUAGGUGACGAAUGUUUAGUUUCUGGUACUCCACAACAAGACGAUCUGCCUCUACCCCACAAUUGGACAAUCGAAGUAACACAAAAAGGAUAUCGAUACUAUGUGGAUCAUAACAACUGUCGAACUCAUUGGAUUCAUCCCCUUGCAAAAGAAAGUUUGCCCCCUAGAUGGACAAAAAUAUUCCAUGAAAAAGAUGGUGUGAUUUACUUUAAUGAAGCUGAAAUGAGAUCUCAAGUCGAACAUCCUGGUAUAGCACCUCCCAUUAACAGGACAGAAUCCAUGCUAGUAGCGAGCCAUCGUGCAGAGAGCGCAGUGGCCAAUCUCAAUAUUAUAGAUUCUGAAGAAGUUCCUAGCUGGCUUUUGCUUUACUCGCAAGCUGACUCUGAACUGGACCAUCUGCUUGAGUGGGAGCUAUUCCAUACCAUGCAAUUAGAAGAGUUUGAAUAUAUGAUGUUAAAGCUGUAUAAACAAGAAGUAAUUGAAACUGUUCGAAAGUAUGAACGUAUGAGAACUAUGCUGAAUAAGGAAAUCGUUCGAAGAACUCAGCCUCAUCCGAGAGAAUAG